AUGAGGCGAGGGCGGAGGAGCCGGAGAGUCAGGGACAGGGAGGCACCCACGCAGUGCCUGCAGACCCAGUGCUUCGACCCGCUGGUUCGCAGAUGUGUGGCCUGCAGCCUCCUCCGGACGACGGAGCCUCGACCGGGCGGCCCGAGCAGCCUGGCGCCCGGGACGGCGCUGCAGCCGCAGGAGUCGGUGGGCCCGGGGGCCGGCGCCGAGGCCGCGGCCGCGCUGCCGCUCCCGGCGCUGCUCUUCGGCGCCCCCGCGCUCCUGGGCCUGGCGCUGGCCCUGGUCCUGCUGGGCCUGGUGAGCUGGAGGCGCCGACGGCGGCGGCCCGGCGCGACGGCCGCCCCGGGGGCCCCGGACGGAGACCAGGACGCCCCAGAGCCCCUGGACAAUGACAUCCUCUCCCCGGGAACCCUGGACACCACAGCUCCCACCUGGCUUCCACCCAGUGAAGACCCAGCCACCACCCCACCUGCCCACAGCGUCCCUGUGCCAGCCACAGAGCUGGGUUCCACUGAGCUGGUGACCACCAAGACGGCUGGCCCCGAGCAACGGUAGCAACGGAGGGGGCAGGAGGUGGCCCAUGCCCUGCCUUUGGGCCACCAGCCAGGGGCUUGGAGGUUGAAUUCAGUUUUUCAUCCCAGUGCCCACCCAUCCCUUUUCUGGGAGCCAGGCUUCUUCCUGGCUAACCCUGCAGAACUACAGGCACUGCAGACCACAGGGUUCAGACUGCAUGUCAUCACGUGACAUGUUAGCAUUUGGCUUAAAAUCAGACCAUCUAUGGCAGCUCUCAAA